CUCACGAUAUAAAUAGAUGUCGCAAUAAAAAAAGCAGUUUUCUGUAAAUGUUGUUAUGUAAACUCGAAGACAAGUAAACUGACUGACGUUUUCGUUUUCAUUUCAAUUUUCAUAAAUAAUAGAAAAAUAGAGAUUUUAGCAUGAAAUCCAAGAAUUAAAAAUAAAAUAAUAAUAAUCAGCAAUUAGGAAUGAAUUCCCUGGUUAGAACAUCAAAAGCCUCCUUAUGGCUGAAAAAUUUGAAUCCUACCGUAACCAGCGUCAGAAACCAUUGGAACAAGGAUUUCAAGCCAGGUCUUUAUCCUACAACUGAAGAGGAGCGUGUCGCAGCAGCUGAAAAAUAUGGUAUCCAUCCCAAAGAGUACGAACUAUACCCUGACGAUGGCAACGGUAACGGAGACUACCCCAAGUUACCCGACAUAGGGGCAGACUUGAGAGAUCCCUUUUACCCUUGGGACAGUCCUGAACUAAAAAGGAAUUUUGGAGAAACUCUCCAUGAAAACUUUGAUUAUCUAAGAGAAGACAGGAUGGACGAGGGUAAGACACAAUUCCGACCGUUGUGGGUUCUUUGGGCUCAAACAAUAGGUGUAAUUGGUGGUAUCGGAUUGGUUUAUUACCUGACUAAAGAUAUAAGGAUGAUCAUUCCUGUUGUACCACCUGAGCUGCCUAAAGAUGGCAAAGUUCAUUACACUUUCGAGCCAAAUAAUUAAAUAUUUUUGAUGAUUGUAGAUUGCAUGAAGGUUAAUAUAAAUAAAAAUUAAUAC